CCUAGAUGGUAUUGUAGCUUUCAACUUUCUGCCAACUCGUCGCCAAAAGAAUUGAAAAAAAAAACAAAAAAUUUGAAAUCAUCUCCAACUCACUUUACAAAUCCGCGCACAUUAGCCUCAUCACCGCAACACUGACUCUCCUCCUCUCAAAAUCUUCACACACACUCUUACAGUAAUAAUGAUGGCGAAGAAGAAUCACCGUGCGGAGUUGCUGUUAAUUAGUAUGUGCUUUUUCUGCUUUCUUUUUUGUUCUUCAAUUGGAAUCUCUUCCUCUUCUUUAUUAUUCUCUUCAAAGCUCAUUCACCGUUACUCCGACGAAGCUAAAUCACUUGGUUUACUAUCAACAAACCGAAAUAACGGCAAUGCCAGUACCCAAACAUGGCCUGAAACAAAUACUUUCCACUACUUGCAGUUAUUACUCAGUAACGACUUGAAACGCCAAAAAAUGAAACUGGGUUCUCAAAAUCAGCUGCUCUUCCCUUCCCAUGGAAGCCGUACUCUCUUCUUCGGCAAUGAUCUUGACUGGUUACAUUACACGUGGAUCGAUAUAGGAACACCAAAUUUAUCAUUUCUUGUAGCUGUGGAUGCUGGUAGUGAUUUACUUUGGCUCCCUUGUGAUUGCAUACAAUGUGCUCCAUUAUCUUCUACUUUCUACUCUUCUCUGGAUAGAGAUUUAAGCGAGUACAGACCGUCUUUAUCGAGUUCAAGCACACACCUUUCUUGCAAUCAUCAGCUUUGUGAUUUGGGUUCUCAUUGCAAGAAUCUUAGGGACGACCCUUGUCCUUAUGUUGCUAAUUAUGGUGAUUCUGAAAAUACUUCGAGUUCUGGGUUUUUGAUCGAAGAUAAGUUGCAUUUGGCUUCUGUCAGCCUUAAUUCAAAUUCAACACAGAAGCAAAUGCAGGCUUCUGUUGUUUUAGGCUGUGGUAGGAAACAAACUGGUGGCUAUUUGGAUGGAGCUGCUCCUGAUGGUGUUAUGGGACUAGGACCUGGAGACAUUUCUGUUCCAAGUUUACUUGCCAAAGCUGGAUUGAUUCCGAAGUCUUUCUCGCUCUGUUUUGAUGUGAAUGGUUCAGGGACGAUUCUGUUCGGCGACUUAGGUCAUACAUCCCAAAAAUCGACACCUUUGCUGCCUUUACAAGGAAGAUAUGAUGCUUAUCUUAUUGAGGUAGAGUCGUAUUGCGUUGGUAAUUCUUGUCUUGAGCAAUCUGGAUUCAAAGCAUUGGUUGACAGUGGUUCAUCUUUCACAUAUCUUCCAACUGAUGUCUAUAAUAAGAUUGUGUUAGAGUUCGAUAAACAAGUGAAUGCCGAAAGGAUCAGCUCCCAAGGAGGCCCGUGGAACUAUUGCUACAAUGUCAGUUCAAAGCAGCUAAAUGACAUUCCUGCAAUGCGACUUCAGUUCCUUAUGAACCAAAGCCUUUUAAUUCAUAACUCCACGUAUUAUGUUCCCCAAAAUCAGGAAUUCACCGUGUUCUGCUUAACACUGCAGCCAAUUGAUUACAACUAUGGAAUUAUCGGACAGAAUUACAUGACAGGCUAUCGUGUAGUUUUUAACAUGGAGGAUCUGAAACUGGGUUGGUCUAGUUCCAAUUGUCAAGAUAUAAGUGAUGAAACAGAAGUGAAUAUUGCACCACCUCGCGAUGAUGGAUCACCAAAUCCAUUACCAACCAAUGAGCAGCAAAGCAUACCCAAUAAGCAUGCAGUUGCACCUGCUGUUGCUGGUAGAACUUCUUCUAAACCAUCUGUGGCAUCCAAGCAUAUUCCCUGCCUGCACCUUCAUAUAAGUUCAUUAACCUUGCUACUGCAUAUGUAUCUCUUUGUUUUGCAUAUCUAAACUUCUCUCCUUGUUAUAUGCCCUUCCUUUUGCUUGUAAAUCCUUUCUGUACGUAGCUCUUCCAAUCGCCUAUGCGAUCAUGUUACCGGUUGUAGUGUAGGUAGGUAGAUAGAAAGGUUUAUUUAUUUUGAUGCAUAGCCUUUCUUCUUAACCUUCUAUUUUUUCAGUUUGAUGCUGAUAUUAUGUUA